AUGGGAUGGUGCACGUCAACAGUUGCUGAGGUACUGGAAUACCUCCGGGAUGGAUCUAGCAAGGGCCUCAUGACCGUGUUCAAAGUUGCUCCUGAUGGCAUGCAGUUCGCUGUAUCUAAAAUGACCUGGAGGAGACGUUGGAUGCUAGGGCUCGAGACUAGGGGUGUAAUAAGCCUGGAUAAGGGAGCUGCUGAGGCGAUAAGAAGGAAGAAGAGUCUAUUCGCUGCGGGGAUCACUCGCGUCACAGGCAGUUUCCAUCGUGAUGAUUGCGUGUCGCUGGUCGAGGCUGAAACCGGCGAGGAAAUCGCUCGAGGUGUGGUAAACCUUCGAGAUUUUGAAGUGGAGAAAAUCAGAGGACAUAAAUCGUCCGACUCCGGAAGUCGCUUACAGAGAAAAUAUAAUUCUCACGACGGGAGCUCUCGNNNNCUAGUCGAGGGACAGAAAUGA